CAGAACAGCUGCCCCUGGGCCCUAAGGCAGCAGCUCCCUAAGCAGCGCCCCCAUCAGCCCCUUAUUUGGAGGUUAACCUUUAACCCCUUAGUGACCAGCAGUGGGAAGGCUCUGCUAGACUGGGGAUUGAGCCCAGUCUCAGAGAGAGCCAGGGUCGGGUGGGGGCAGGAUUGGGUCCCCAGGGUCAGAUUCACAGACCCCUGGGGAGCCCAACUCCUGCCAAUUGGGAGGCAGUGGUCUAGGAGGCCAACACCUCCCGCUUCCCCGGGGAUCUUUCCCAGGUUCUGGGGCCAGAAUCAGCGUCAAAAAAGCAAGAAUUGUUCCAUCUGUCACAAGGUGCCUGCCCCCACCCUUCCCCCACAGCGUGGGGCCAGCAAGGAGGCAGCACCACAAAGAGGAAGGGGAAGUUUGGGAACCUCAGAGCAGAGCCAGCCCCACUUGCGUCCUGUGCCUCCGUCCGGGUCGGCCAGCAGCCCCCCUCCCACUGGGACCACCAUGAGCCCCGCCUUCCCUGCCCUGCUGUGCCUGGGGCUGUGUCUGGGCCACAGGAUGAAGGCACAGGCAGACAAGCUCCCCAGACCCUCCCUCAGGGCAGAGAAUGGGUCACUGGGGCCCCUGGGGAGAAGCGUGACCUUGAGGUGCCGGGGGUCCCCGGGGGCUGCUGAAUACUUUCUGGAGAAAUAUCAGGGAUCUAGAUACGAACGUAUCGACUCCAAGCUGUCACAGGAAGAUGAGGUCGAGUUUCCCAUCUCAUCGAUGUCACUGAGUGACACAGGGACCUACUCCUGCCACUACAGAACAGAGUACUACUGGUCAGAGCGCAGUGAGCCCCUGGAGCUGGUGGCCACGGACCGCUAUGACGCGCCCUCCCUCUCAGCCCAGCCCAACUCCACGGUGGCCGAAGGACAGGCCGUGACCCUCUGGUGCUGUUCAGGGAAUCGAUAUGACCGCUCUGCCCUAUACAAGGAUGGAGAACAAGUCACCAAAGCCCGGGCCCAGCUCCUUAAUGAAGGGGCUCAGGCCAAUUUCUCCAUCCCUGCUGUGACUUCUGCUCAUGGAGGGACGUACCGAUGCUACAGCUUUCAGAGGCUCUCCCCCCAUGAGUGGUCAUUCCCCAGCGACCCCCUGGAGCUCAGGGUCACAGGAACCUCAAAGGAUCCUUCCCUCCCCCCCAGCCCUGGAGGCACCCAAGCUCUGACCCCCUCCCCACCCAGUGAGGAACUAGAGACAAACACUGGGAGCUCUGGAGACCAGAACUGGCUGUUUGGUCUCUCUAAAAAACAUGGGAGCAUCUUGCUGGGCGUCUCGGCGCUGCUCAUCCUGCUCUUCCUCCUCCUCCUCCUCCUCCUCUGCUGUCGCCGCUGUUGGACCAAGAUCAGUGAGUUCUUGGGGCCGGGGGCGGCGGGGCCUGAGCCCCGGGGAAGGCUGACCCCGACUCUCCCCACAGGCAACGGGAGCAGAGGGGCGGAGGCCAAGAAGACCCCCAAGAGCUCAGACCCCGCUGCGACCCCCAUGGAGGAGACGCUGUACGCUGCUGUGGAGGACGGCAGCCGGACAGAGGCCGGACCGGAGGACACAGCCGCGCCCCCCGGGGAGGACCCUCGGCAAGUGACGUACGCCCAGCUGAACCUCGGCAGUCUCAGGGCGGGGGCCCAGGAGCCUCCCCCUUCGGCCCGGGCGGAGCCCAGCCUGUACGCCGCCCUGCGCUGAGCCCGGGCCGGGAGGGAGGAGCCCCGGCCCCGCAGCCCCUGCCCCGCCCAGGCAGCCGGACGCUGGUGGCCCCAGGGGAGGGGCAGAGGGGACCCCAAGCCGCUGGGAGCUGCGCCCCCUCCCGGCUCGGGCACCACGCCCGGGGCGGACAGUCCCGACCCUGAUCAGCACCGGACAGGUCCUGCCCAGUGAACACUUCUCCCAACGUUGUAAGAGCGAAGAAAUCCUAUAUGAUAGAGGUCAGAGCGCCCACCUACCUCCAAAGGAGCAGGAGAGGAAAGGAGGGGGACAGGAGCAAGGAAACAAGCACUCAUUAAGCGCCUACUGUGUGCCAAACUGUGCUAAGCACUUACAAAUAGGAUCUCAUCUGAUCCUCCUAACAGUAGGGACUAUUGGGGCUGUUGCCCCCCCUCCCCCGUAUUACAUUUUAGGAAACGGGCAAAUAAAGAUAAAGGAAGACUUGAGGGCAUAAAAAAGGACAGGUCAGGAGAAGGGGGGGGGGUGAAGAGGAAGGGAAGGAGCUAAGGGCGGGGCCAUCAGGGCAGUGACUGGACAGAGAAAUGGGUAGGGACGUGUCUAAUCAAAUCUGUUUGCACCUUGAAAACCGGGGAAAGAAAGUACUUCAGAGAACUGAGGAGAAACCGGCAGCGCAAAGCCAGCAGAAACAAGAGAACAAUUUGUCGAUUUUAUAAAGAAAAAUAACAGUGAAAGAUCAAAGAAUUCUGACCAGGGCAGUGGCUAAGCAGGACUCCCGAGGAGCUCGGAGGAAGCAUGUCUCCACGUGCUGGUAGACAGGUGGUGGACACCGGGUACUGAAAAGGGCAGACAUUUUGCGCUCUGCGGGUUGGCUUUGUCCCACUUGACUUCCUUGUUACAAAGUUGCUGUUUUUCCUUCCUCUAAGUUUCCUCUUUGGGAGCGGGGUUUGGAAGGGGGAAGGGGUGAGGGAAACAUCUUUAUUGCAAUAGAGACUCCAAGGUUUAAAAGGUGGGGGGGGGGGGGGGAACAGGAGAUCGGAAGGAAGUGUGAGCUUUGAAAACAAUGUGCAAAAUGUAUUGCACGCUUUUACUUUUUUAAAAAGCAAACAAUAAAAGAGAU